AUGAAUGUUCUCAAACUCCAGAGGAAGUUUCCUCAGUUCCAACAAGGCGACAUCUUCGGCCUUACCGAUGCCUUCAGGAAGCUUGACGUCGACGACAAGGGAUACAUAGAUGAGGCUACAGCUAUCAAGGCAACCCAGCAAAGCGAGCGCCAGCCGUACGAUGUUGUGCGACAAGCCCUGAAGGAGGUCGACCUGGACUCUUCGAGACGAGUAGAACUGGAGGACUACGUUGGGCUUAUUGCCAAGCUCCGCGACUCAUCGCCGGCGCAGAAGCGUCUCUCAACCGGCCCAGCUCCGCUCUCCCCAUCCGGAGUCGUCGCACAAAGGACUGGCGGCGGCGGUCAUGCCUCCAAGGGCAGUGUCAGCGGCAAGAUCCACGUUCAAGGUUCGAAUGCUAACAUCACACACACCAUCAACGAGGAUGAGCGCACUGAGUUCACCCGCCACAUCAAUGCCGUGCUUGCCGGUGAUCCCGACAUUGGCAGCCGCCUACCCUUCCCGACUGACACCUUCGAGAUGUUCGACGAGUGCAAGGACGGUCUCGUGCUGGCCAAGCUCAUCAACGACAGCGUACCGGAUACCAUUGACGAGCGUGUAUUGAAUGUCCCCGGCAGAAAGGUCAAGACUUUGAACGCCUUCCACAUGACGGAGAACAACAAUAUUGUCAUUGAGUCGGCAAAGGGUAUUGGCUGCUCGGUUGUCAACAUUGGAAGUGGAGACAUCAUCGAAGUCCGGGAGCAUCUCAUCUUGGGUCUGAUCUGGCAGAUCAUCCGCCGCGGUCUGUUGGGCAAGAUUGAUAUCAAGCUCCAUCCCGAACUGUACCGGCUUCUAGAGGAGGACGAGACCUUAGAGCAAUUCCUGCGCUUGCCCCCUGAGCAGAUUCUUCUUCGCUGGUUCAACUACCACCUGAAAGCGGCGAACUGGCCUCGCAGAGUGACAAACUUCUCUACUGAUGUCAAGGAUGGAGAGAAUUACACGGUUCUCUUGGCGCAAAUCGGUUCUGAGUACGGAGCUACCAGAGCGCCACUGCAGACGCGAGAUCUGCUGCAAAGAGCUGAGGAGGUGCUGCAGAAUGCCGACAAGCUUGGAUGCCGAAAGUUCUUGACUCCAACCUCGCUCGUUGCGGGCAAUCCCAAACUCAACCUUGCUUUCGUUGCUAAUCUCUUCAACACGCAUCCCGCUUUGGACCCGAUUACUGAGGAGGAGAAGCAGCAAGUUGACGACUUCGAUGCUGAGGGAGAACGAGAAGCCAGGGUGUUCACACUGUGGCUCAACAGCUUGGAUGUCCAGCCAGCAGUGCAAUCCUUCUUUGAUGAUCUGCGGGAUGGCACGAUUCUAUUGCAGGCGUACGACAAGGUCAUCAAAGGCUCAGUCAAUUGGCGUCACGUCAACAAGAGGCCUGCAAAUGGUGGCGAGGUCAUGAGAUUCAAGGCGGUGGAGAACACCAACUACGCGAUCGAGCUUGGCAAGCAGAAUGGCUUCUCCCUUGUCGGUAUCCAGGGUGCGGAUAUCACGGAUGGACAGAAGACACUCACCCUCGGUCUGGUGUGGCAGCUGAUGCGAAAGGACAUCACGCUCACCCUCUCCGCACUCGCCCAGCGACUCGGCAAGAGGGAAAUCACCGACGCUGAGAUGGUUAGAUGGGCAAACGACAUGUCCCGAAAGGGAGGCAAGAGCUCUGCUAUCCGGUCAUUCAAGGACUCGUCGAUCGGAAGUGGAGUAUUUCUUCUAGAUGUACUCAACGGCAUGAAGAGCAGCUACGUCGAUUACGAUCUUGUCACAUCUGGCCGAACUGACGAGGACGCUUACCUCAACGCCAAGCUCAGCAUCAGUAUUGCAAGAAAGUUGGGUGCGACCAUCUGGCUGGUGCCGGAGGAUAUCUGCCAAGUCCGGAGUCGUCUGGUCACGACUUUCAUCGGCUCUCUGAUGGCUACCUAUGAGAGGAUGCAGUAG